AUGAAUCCAUCCAAUUAUAGCAAUGUCACAGGAUUUUAUAGCCAAGUUCUCGAAGGCAUUGCUCUUCCAAAUCCGCGUAGGAUCGGAUCACGGAAGGUCGGAGGCAAGACAAGACGCGUUGCAUCUCCGUGCUGCCCAUGGGCUGGGUUCAUGGAAUUGACUUUCCGCUCUCGAGAUUCGUUGUACUGGUGGAUUGUGGUCAGGGAGGAGGGACCCCCAGCGCAACCCAGGACGCAGACUACCAAGUUCAGUCUCAAUGACAGAAGGCCUUUAGCACAUGGGAAGCGAAAUGCUUCUCCAUUCUGGCAAUCUUGCAAUCCACGAUGGAGUCCGCUGCGCAAGGCCGAAUCCUCGGAAUCCGCUGCCCGCGCAGUGCGUGGGAUAGAUUGCGGCAACCCUCGGGUGUACGUCAAAAAAUUCUCACAGGCUGUCAGCAGUGUUGAAGCUAAAGCGGCCCUAGCGGCGUGGACGGUACCCGUCAUCUUCCUCAAGUCCAUCUUGGGACGUCCCGCUCUACAACCCUUCCUACGGGAAGUGGACUUCUGGGAUGACCUCAACAUCACCAAGUUGUCCGAGGCGUUCAAAGGGCACGAGGACCUUCGCAAGCAGGGGUGAAGGAAUCUAUGGAGAAGACCAGCAAACCCACCAGGAAGCUCAACCUACCUUUGAACUCCGCGAUAUAUUUUCAGUCUUAUCACAUCUAACAUGAUGCUUUCAUUGCUUGGUCCUCAUUGCCAAUGAUUAUCAUAUCUCUCACAGUACUAGGAUAUCUUUAGGACAAAAAUUGAAGAUCUCUGAUCCCUUAAUCUAAACAUCUAAAAUUCUACACUGAAAUUGAUGUCAAAUUUAGGGUAUCAUCUUGCAAUGUCAUAGUACUUGUAGGCAUUCCUUUUUGAGAAACACAUUGCCGAUCAAGGCCUU